CAGACGCAGGACGCUCCAAGGCAGCCCUUCACCAUAGGGUUGGGAGCGCGGGUACAGAGGACCCCGGAGGGCGUCUUGGCAGGGCCCUCUAGGCGGGUCGGAGCGGGUUCCGGGCGGCGGCGCCGUCAGGGGAGGGCCUGGGCGCCCCGGCCGCGUGCGCGCCCGCGGACCCCUCGGGAAGGGGCGGCGGAGGCGCGGCGCCUUUAAGUCCAGGCGCCGCCUGUGGCCCCGCCCCCUGGAGGACGCCCGGGCGCGCGGCCGCCGGAGCCGCCGUUUAAUUGGGGCUGUCAGGCCGCGGCGCGCGCGGAGGGCCGGACGGACGGAGGCCGGGAGGCCGCGAGGCCGGGGCGGAGGGCGCGCAGCGAGGCGGGAGCCGGCGCCGGGAGACGCGGCUGGGGCCCGCGCGGCCGGGGCGCCGUCCCUGGGCAGGGCUGCCCGGCCCCGGCCCCGGGCCACCCGCGCGCCCCAUGAAAAACCAGGUCCGCGGCCCCCCGGCGCGGGCGCACAUGUCGGCCUCGGGGACGGCGGCGGCGGCGGCUGGGGGCACCGGGGCGGGGUCGGAGCCCGGGGCGGGAUCCGGCGCGGGCACCGGGAGCGGCGCGGCCACGGGAGCGGGGACCAUGCCGAGCAAGAGCGCCGAGUGGCUGCAGGAGGAGCUGGAGGCGCGCGGCGGCGCGUCCCUGCUGCUGCUCGACUGCCGGCCGCACGAGCUCUUCGAGUCGUCGCACAUCGAGACGGCCAUCAACCUGGCCAUCCCGGGCCUCAUGCUGCGCCGCCUGCGCAAGGGCAACCUGCCCAUCCGCUCCAUCAUCCCGAACCACGCCGACAAGGAGCGCUUCGCCACGCGCUGCAAGGCGGCCACCGUGCUGCUCUACGACGAGGCCACGGCCGAGUGGCAGCCGGAGCCCGGCGCGCCCGCCUCGGUGCUCGGCCUGCUCCUGCAGAAGCUGCGCGACGACGGCUGCCAGGCCUACUACCUCCAAGGUGGUUUCAACAAGUUCCAGACAGAGUACUCGGAGCACUGCGAGACCAACGUGGACAGCUCGUCCUCGCCCAGCAGCUCGCCGCCCACCUCCGUGCUGGGCCUGGGCGGCCUGCGCAUCAGCUCCGACUGCUCCGACGGGGAGUCGGACCGGGAGCUGCCCAGCAGUGCCACCGAGUCAGACGGCAGCCCCGUGCCGUCCAGCCAGCCGGCCUUCCCCGUCCAGAUCCUGCCCUACCUCUACCUCGGCUGCGCCAAGGACUCCACCAACCUGGACGUGCUCGGCAAGUACGGCAUCAAGUACAUCCUCAACGUCACGCCCAACCUGCCCAACGCCUUCGAGCACGGAGGCGAGUUCACCUACAAGCAGAUCCCCAUCUCCGACCACUGGAGCCAGAACCUCUCCCAGUUCUUCCCCGAGGCCAUCAGCUUCAUCGACGAGGCGCGCUCCAAGAAGUGUGGUGUCCUGGUGCACUGCCUGGCGGGCAUCAGCCGCUCGGUGACGGUCACGGUGGCCUACCUGAUGCAGAAGAUGAACCUGUCGCUCAACGACGCCUAUGACUUCGUCAAGAGGAAAAAGUCCAACAUCUCACCCAACUUCAACUUCAUGGGGCAGCUGCUGGACUUCGAGCGGACGCUGGGGCUGAGCAGCCCGCGCGACAACCGCACGCCCAGCGAGCAGCUGUACUUCUCCACGCCCGCCAACCACAGCCUGUUCCCCCUCCACACCCUGGAGUCCACGUGAGGCCGGCCGAGGGCGGGCGCCGGGGCCGGGCAUCGCCUGUGCCCGCAGGCCAGGCCGACGGGCGCCGAGCGCUCCCCAUCGGGGGCGGACUCCGGGGGGCCCGGCCUCGGACUCAGGGCUGCGGAGCCAGACGGGCCCGGCCCGUCCGCAGGACACUUCCUACGAACGCCCAGCCAGUGGGCGGUUUUUAAAGACACAGGGACCCAGUUUACUUUUUACUUUGGCAGGUAAAGCCAAGCCCCGGGCGCCAAGGCCACCUCUUCUUGACUUUUCUUUUUUAA